AUGAAGAAUCAUGAUCAAGUAGUCGAGGAACAACUACAACAUGAUGCUUGGUGGAAAUUGCAUUUGCUUAAGGAGGCUCGUCAGCGCUUCUUGAGCUUUGGAUCCCUCGCUUUGAGAGAAUCUAUCAUCGCUGUGGUCAAGGACAUGGACCGCGACGACUGGGAACCAAAUACGGUUAGGGAGAUAGGACACCAGAAGCAGAAGAUGAUGUGGCUAGGACGCUUAUUUUUCUCGGUUUUAUUUCGCCACGGAAAGGCGGAGCUAGAAAGCGAAAGCUUUAAGCCCUUUGCGUUUCCUGGAGUGGAAGGGUUGUACGAGCACUUUUGGACCGACAUGUCUAGUGCUGUGGAAGAAAUCAAGAGGAGGAGCACUCUGACGGAGCAGGAGGCUCAUCUUCUUGAACAACAACAACAGGCUCUUUUUGAACGAGAAGAAGUAGAUCAUAUGAUGACCGUUUUGCCUUUCUGGCUGAGUAAUUAUUUUAGGGAUCCAGAAGGCAACAACGUCGGCCCUCUUCUCGAGUGGCCAGUAGAG